CUCUGGUCAGUUUUAUAUAGCAUAGUACUUCAUAAGGGUAUGCCCAUGAUAUUCAUGUGCAUAAAUCUCGGUGAAGGCAAAAAAAAUAACGUCGUUGGUUGUUUCAGGACGCCUGGCUGUCUUCUUGUGGCCCGGACGGGACCGAAAUAGAGAGUUGUGACAGUUGCUAGAGGCAGCGCCCGCCAAUGGCAACGAGUGGAUUCGUACUAUUUCUCCUAGCCGGUUUCUCUGUGGCUGUUCUCUCCGUCCCAUUCGUCAGCCAUCCCAAUUCCCAGAACUCAAACCAAAACGGGUUAUCAUCUUCAAGCUCCACUCUUUCGCACUCCGCAUAUGGAUCCAUCACCAAAACUGUUUGGCCAGUAUGUCUAUAUAUUAGUCUCUUCGCCCUUGAUCUUCAUAUAUACAGCAGAAGUACGCUUUUGCACGUAUAUAUAACUAAAUUAGAGUUCAGUUGGAGACUUGUGUUGGCGACAGUAAUAGGAUUUCUGGGAUCGGCUUGUGGAACCGUGGGUGGAGUGGGAGGGGGAGGCAUUUUUGUUCCUAUGCUUACUUUGAUUGUUGGGUUUGAUACCAAGUCUGCUGCUGCGCUUUCUAAAUGUAUGAUAAUGGGGGCAUCAGCAUCAUCGGUGUGGUACAAUCUAGGAGUGAGGCAUCCAACAAAGGAAGUGCCGAUCAUAGACUACGAUCUGGCUCUUCUCUUCCAGCCCAUGCUUAUGCUUGGCAUCACUGUUGGUGUUGCGCUUAGCGUUGUCUUCCCCUACUGGCUCAUUACUGUCCUCAUCAUUAUUCUCUUCUUGGGGACCUCGUCAAGGUCUUUCUUUAAGGGAAUCCAGAUGUGGAAGGAAGAGACUGUCUUGAAGAAAGAAAUGACCGAUAGAGAAGGAACUCAUGUGGUUAAUUCUCGUGGUGAACUUCUGAUUGAUACUGAGUAUGAGCCAUUGGUACCCAGAGAGGAGAAAACUCAAAUGCAAAUAGUAUGUUUCAACCUCAGGUGGAAAAGAACUUUGGUGCUACUACUUGUAUGGGUUUUUUUCCUUGUGUUGCAGAUCAUCAAGAAUGAUGUGGAGGCUUGCAGUGCGUGGUAUUGGGUGCUCUUCUGCCUACAGUUUCCCAUAGCACUUGGAGUGUUUGGAUAUGAAUCUGUCAAGCUGUACAUCGAACACAAGAAGAGGGUGAGAACGGGUAAUACCGAAUCAAUUUGCGAGGCUUCCAUCGGAUGGACUGCGACGCACAUUGCAUUCUGUUCACUUUGUGGCAUCUUGGGAGGCAUUGUCGGGGGCCUACUUGGUUCUGGUGGCGGAUUCAUUCUGGGCCCGCUGCUCCUUGAGAUUGGUGUCAUCCCCCAGGUUGCAAGUGCGACAGCAACAUUUGUCAUGGCAUUCUCGUCAUCCUUAUCCGUGGUGGAGUUUUACCUUCUCAAGAGGUUCCCUAUUCCCUACGCUUUUUACCUCACAUCGGUGUCUAUUUUGGCUGGCUUCUGGGGACAGUUCUUAGUAAGAAAACUUGUCACAUUUUUGGGAAGAGCAUCAAUUAUUAUAUUCAUUCUCUCCGGUGUCAUCUUUCUUAGUGCUCUCACAAUGGGGUUCGUUGGUAUUGAGACUAGCAUCGAGAUGAUACGCAAUCACGAGUUCAUGGGAUUUUUAGGGUUCUGCAGCAGUCAGUAGUGAUCAUGAUCACUAGCAACGACCGGGAACUUCUAAGGAAGGAUAUUAUUAUAUAAUCAAUUAAGCAAUGGCGAGUCUUGGCCAAUACCUAGUUGACCAAUUCUCUCAGCCUCCAAUAAAUUCCUUUUUUUAUUUAAACUUCAAUUUAUUAUAUGAAGCAGUAAAAGUCUGCUUAAUUUGAGUCGAUCGUCUAUUCGAUCAUUGUACGUGUUGAACGUUAGGUCCAUCAAGCUGGCCGGGAGGCUGUGUUCAAUGUUAGCUACUGGCUAACAUGACCACCGCUACCCAUACAAAGUACCUCUUCUACUAUAUUUAUUUAUAUAUUUGUUCCAAGUGAUACCUGUUAUGUUAA